GAUGAUGGUUAGCAGCGGCAGCGGCAAGCAUAGCGGUAGUGGUGGCAACAGCGGCAGGAGCAGCAGCAGCAGCGGCUGCUGUGGUAGUGGCAACAGUGGGAGGAGCUGGGGCAGUAGCUGCUAUGGUAGUGGGAGGAGCAGCGGCAGCGGCAAGAGCGGCAGCAGUGGUGGCUGCAGUGGCGGCAGCGGCAGCGAGAGGAGCAGCUGCAGCAAGGGCUGCAGCGGCAGUAGCGGUAGCAGGAGUGGCGGCUGCAAUGGCAGCAGCGGCAGCAACAGGUGCGACGGCAGCGGCAGCG